CAUUAGUUUUUUCUUUUUUGAAGGAAAGAAGAAAAUGGGUCAAAUUCAAUACUCUGAGAAAUACUUCGAUGAUAUUUAUGAAUACAGGCAUGUUGUUCUUCCUUCUGAAGUGGCCAAACUUCUCCCGAAGAAUCGCCUCCUUUCUGAAAAUGAGUGGCGUGCAAUCGGGGUACAGCAGAGUCGUGGAUGGGUUCAUUAUGCUAUUCAUCGUCCUGAACCACACAUCAUGCUUUUCAGGAGGCCUCUUAACUAUCAGCAGCAACAGCAGUAGGCUCUUGCCAAGUAAUUUCAUCAGCUUUAGUAUUAAAUAAAAUUGAUUGAAAAAAGCUUCUCUGCAUAAACAGUUGGGUGUA